GCAGGAUACAGAAAAUAUGAGGAUUACAAGUUGGAACAGCUGGAGAAGAGAGGCAUAGAGAUACCUGUGAAGCUUGCAAGUGAAUGGGAGCUGCAACCUUCGUAGCAGAGAUUCAAGUGGGAAACAGAGGGGGAAUCCGGAGACAAAGCAGCGGGGGAAUUAGGAACUGUGACGCCGUGUCCUCUCCUGUGCCGGAGCAAGCAAAGAGAGGUAGAGGAAAAAGAGACUUGAGCCUUGCAACCAGCUGUCACCUGACGAUGUGUCAGUCAAACACCCUGCAGGGACCAGAUCUGCACACAGGGAAAUGGCUGCGUUCAGGGAGCGGCGGCAGCGGCAGUGCCGGGGAGCAGCAGCCGGGCAGCCCGGGCCCGGCCGGCUCUGCUCACGCCACGCCAAGUAGGAGAACGCGCUUCAGGUUGCAAUUUCCCCAGCUGGCCCUGAGGCGAAGGUUGGGCCAGCUAACCUGUAUGUCUAGGCCUGCUCUGAAACUCCGUUCUUGGCCUCUGACUAUUCUCUAUUAUCUUCUGCCUUUCGGUGCUCUUAAGCCCUUGACCAGAGUGGGAUGGAGGCCUAUGAGCAGGGUUGCUCUGUACAAAUCCGUCCCAACUCGGCUGCUGUCCCGGGCCUGGGGUCGGCUGAACCAGGUAGAGUUGCCCACGUGGCUGCGGAAGCCUGUUUACAGCCUGUACAUCUGGACUUUUGGAGUGAAUAUGAAGGAGGCAGCUGUUGAAGAUCUGCAUCACUAUAGAAACCUCAGUGAGUUCUUCCGCAGAAAGCUGAAACCGCAAGCACGGCCAGUCUGCUGCCUGCACAGUGUGAUUAGUCCCUCUGAUGGAAAGAUCCUUAAUUUUGGGCAGGUAAAAAACUGUGAAGUGGAGCAAGUAAAAGGGGUUACUUAUUCUUUGGAAUCUUUCUUGGGUCCUCGCAUCUGCAGGGAAGAGCUGCAUUUUAGCCAGGCCCCAUCUGGCAAUUCUUUUCAGCAACAGCUAGUCACAAAGGAGGGCAAUGAGCUCUAUCAUUGUGUAAUCUACCUUGCACCAGGGGAUUAUCACUGCUUCCACUCACCCACUGACUGGAGAGUGUCACACCGGCGUCAUUUCCCAGGCUCUCUGAUGUCUGUGAACCCUGGAGUUGCCCGCUGGAUCAAGGAACUCUUCUGCCACAAUGAACGAGUUGUCCUGACAGGUGACUGGAAACAUGGCUUCUUCUCCUUAACAGCUGUAGGAGCAACAAACGUGGGCUCGAUCCGCAUCUACUUUGACCAGGACUUGCACACCAACAGUCCAAGUUACUCUAAAGGUUCCUACAAUGACUUCAGCUUCAUAUCCAACAACAACAAGGAGGGAAUCCCCAUGAGGAAAGGGGAACAUUUAGGGGAAUUUAACUUAGGCUCUACAAUUGUACUGAUCUUUGAGGCACCCAAGGACUUCAAAUUCCACCUCAAACCUGGACAGAAAAUCCACUUUGGAGAAGCACUGGGCUCCCUAUAGAAAGUGUCUCAGCAAGGUGGUGUUCUACACAAAGGGACUGUCAUCACACCACUGAGUGUUUCCCUUAACAAUUAUGUGUCACUCAGCAGGACCUGGGUGAGGAAAACAGAAGAUGUCAUUGCUACGUUAAACUUGAGAGUAAUUGGUCUACAUGGUGCUGACUGCAGAAAGAGAAUUCAAUGACCAUGUAUGUAUCAGGUACAGCUGCCUUUAAAGAUGUUGACGAUGAAGGUUGUUGUCCCACCCUGUGCCUGUAGUCUCUCAUGCUCUCUCCUGAAGUGCCACAGGGUAAUUAAAUAAUGAAAUAAUUAUGUUCUUAGAGUCUCUAAGUCCCUUUUAAGCCUUCCUAGGCUGGAAAGGGGCAAUGGGGCAGGGAGGAAGCAGAGAAGCUAUAUGUAAAGGGACAGUGACAGGCUCAGUCAGACCAUGUCCCUUAUUUCUACACUAUCUGUUUUUCAGACUUCGAGUAAAGAAUGUGUUCUUGUAUUUAUUUUAUUCUAAGAUACUCUGCUGAAGUUCUUACAUAAAGGCAGCCUGUGAAUGCAUGGAGUGCCAAACAGUUGAAUUGGCCAGGAUGGCUUCACAGCCCCAACUAAGCAAAAUGUACAGGAGCCAGCAUCAGCACAAUAAAUUACACUCAUCAAGGUUUUCUACUGUCAGACUACUUUUAAUUCUUUCCCCUGACAUUGUCCCUUGAAAAAUGGACUUUGCACUGUAUUUUAAGCCUGAAAACACUGUGUCUACAUUCCAUGUCUUGGGAUUUUCUUUUAAAAAAUCAACAAAACAAACCCUCUGUGUCCUGUUCCUAAUCAAUGAUUUUAUUUUGCUGUUCCAGGCCUUAAAGAUGUUGUUUGUAUAAGAGAGUUAUUUCACCUCUUGAAAGACAUGGGAUGUUUUUCUCAUGUGAUGUAAUAAGACAAAAGAAACAAUAAGGGUUUACUUCUUUGCUAUGGAUCUGCAUUGUUCCUUUUUCAUUAAAUUCUUGAAGAUUUAAUUCCUCUGUUAACAGAAGAGCUUCAAGAUCAGUUUUUAUUGCACAGUGAAAUACCCUUUGCACUGACUGUGUAGGAAAGUAUUACAGAUUAUUGAAGCAAUCCCAUCUUGCCUCCCAGGUGCCAACCUGGCCCUCCUAUAAUGGACACUAGCUCUGACUUGUGUCCUCCCACUAGGCAUGUGCUGGGGGCUGAAAGCUGUAUGUUGAAGCUUCAUCCUACAGCAAAACUUUAGAGCCUCUUUGUAAGUUCCUGUGUAGAAGUGUUAAAAUCUAACACCUUGGAGCUGUUGCAUCUGGCACUACACAGCACUGACAGAAACGGGUGCCCCAGCGAAGAGGAGGAAUUGAGUUUUAAAGCAAUGUGUCAUUUUUAGAGAAUAAACUGAUCAAAGUCCAGGCACUCAGAACAUUUAGAACUGACAGUGCUGUCCAGAGCUUCUUGGAAUGGACAUGCUUAUGAAACCUGCUCUCUGAAAGAAUUCAUUCCAUGCUUGAGCUGUGGGUGUUUUUUCUCUGCUCGUUGCAGGAGAGGGUAGGCUUUUACUAUCUCAGAUUUCCUAAAGAACAACUUCUCUUCUUUGUCUGCACCACAGGAAAUAGAAUUUCAUUUUGUUGUACAGUCCAGUUGGCCAAGUCCUAGCUGCUUAGCUUGUCCUCAGGAAAGAAGGGAUGAUAAACCACCUCUGAUGAGAUGUAGCCCAGCCCUGACCCAGAUGAUGGUGGAUGGUGGGGUGACAAGCAGGAGAAAAUUCAUUUGGCUCUGAGAGUCAGCAUUUCCUCACUUUACAGAGGGAAGAGUUUUGAAAGCUUGAAGUGGCUCCCAGCCACCUGGCUUGUUAAACUUCUUAGCAUGAGCGAGUUUACUGGUACAGGGUGCAGUAGUGUAUUACCACACGUUAUAGAAACGUGCAUGUUUUUAUAUAGAGAGUCUGAAGAGCCUAAAGGCAAAUAUCAAGCCCAAAAGGCUAAAGCUAAGAAUAGUCUUUUGACUAAUGCCAUAGUAACAGUAGCAAGCAGCAUUGCUCCAGUGGAUGACAGAGAAGACAAAUCAAUCUUUUCACACUUUUCCAUGGAGGUUUAGGGCAUCCAGACACAGCCGAAGCACCUUUAAGCUUUAAUUUCUUCCUGCUCAGCCUCAUCCAUGGUAUGUGAAGGUUACUGUCAGCCUAAAUAAGGGAGGAUGGGUUACCUGAUGUUUGCUUUAUUAGAAAUCUAAGGAGAGGAUUCAGCAUGCAACUAGCUGGUUUUGUGAUGGUCUCAGUACUGCACAGAGCUAGAUGAUUAACAAACAUUGCUUGUUAUGCAGUGGCCAGCAACACACCCUGGACGUGAAAGCAGAGUUCCCAGAGGGUACUGAUAAUGCUGUGAAUAUCUCCUGCAUGGAGAAUCCAUUGAAUUCAACUGUAUCAGUAGCACGGUAUUUUUGUAUGUUAAAGUGUAUGACUUACUGACAUGAACUCAUUCAAUUGCAAACAUUUGGAAAUAAAGAGUCUUAUCAGUGGUGUUAUC